AUGGUACUGAGAGACCUUUGCAUAUUUUGUCAGAGAGUAGCACACUCAUUGAAUCUUAAAGUUUCUGUUAAUCAAGGACCCUGUGAAGUAUCAAGUCUUAUGAAUACAAAAUUGAGUUAUAAAAUAUAUUUUGAUGAUAUUCAAAAUCUUGGCUUUAACAUUAUCAUACUAGUUGUGAAGCGAGAAUUUGGAAUAAUUUUUUUAGAUUUUUAUGGUCGAGUUUUUGAGUUAAACAAGAUGUCUGAUGGGCCACUUGGAAACUAUUUGGAAGAAGUGACAACAAAACCCUGGACUGGUGAGGUGGCAUGGGAUAUUGAUGAUGAUAGAGUUAUUUUUGAAUUUAAGUAUUAUACUGAAACUGAAAGUACCGCAUAUGAUUUUAUAUAUCAGGAUUAUCCCAAAACCUGGAAACUUGAGAAAAAGCAAGAAAAGCAAGAAAAACAGCAUGAUUUUUUAAUUUCAUAA